CUGAACACAGCCCUAAAGUAUCCUAACCUCCAAGAUCUAGCCGUCCGCCAGAUCGACUGAUGGAGUGAAGUGGCCAAUCGAUGUGGCCUUUAAAUUUUUGAUGGACUCUAUUUUCAAAACUAUUUGGACCUCAGUUAGGCGAAACUUCAUCAGUGUGAUAUUUCCUACAUUUUCGGUGUUCACGAUUUACACGGAUCUACGCCAUACAGCUCGCUGGAAGCGCCAACUUGCUGAACAGGAGAAUAAGUGAGACUACACUGAAACAUGAGUCCAUCUCGGAGUCUAUCACACAAGCACAUCUGGAAGGUAUACUGGACUCUCAUCUUCCCCUUUGCGGGCUUCAUGAUUGGCCAUAAGUUAGAUAAGUUGGAAACAGAGAGGAUGACAACAUUCAGGGAUAAAUCAGCAUUGUAUGGUAGAGAGUUAAAACCCGGGGAACCACCUUCCUGGCCAUAUUAGCUAUCUUCAUUGUAUAUCGUUCAAAUCAAAUAAGAAGUAGCAGAAUCAAUUAGUGCUUGUUAAAUUAAAAAAUAAAUAUGUUUAAAUAAAAAAAAAAACCACAGAUGUGUUAUACAGAUAUUUCACUAAAUACACAUAUAAUUUAGAUUAAAUGAA